AUUUUUUUUUUUUUCUUUUUCUUUUUUGUUCCAAGUCAAUUGCAGAAGCAUAAACUGCAGUCAUGACUAACUCAAAGGGUUAUCGUCGUGGUACACGAGAUCUCUUCUCUCGUAAAUUCAGAAAUCAUGGUACCAUCCCUUUGUCCACGUACAUGAAAGUGUACAAAGUUGGUGACAUCGUUGACAUCAAAGGAAAUGGUGCAGUACAAAAGGGUAUGCCAUACAAGGUAUAUCAUGGCAAGACAGGAAGAGUCUUCAAUGUCACUGCUCAUGCUCUUGGAGUUAUUGUCAACAAACGUGUACGUGGUAAUAUUAUUGCCAAACGUAUCAAUGUUCGUAUUGAACAUGUUACACACUCAAAAUGUCGUGAAGAUUUUUUGAAACGUGUUAAACAAAAUGAAAAACUCAGAAAGGAAGCCAAGGAAAAAAAAGUUGUUGUUCAACUUAAAAGACAACCAGCUCAACCAUCAAAAGCUCACAUCGUAUCUGGACGUGAUGCUCCAAUUGUAUUGGCUCCAAUUCCAUACGAAUUCAUUGCUUAAUAAAUUUUAUUAAUUUGUAAAACUGAUAAUAAAAAAUAUUUAUAGUAAAAAAAAA